CUGCUGAGGAGUCUCCAUGUGACAGUGAGCGGCGUCCCAGCUCCAGGCGACGCCAGAUUCCAGUUCCCGAUCCCACGCCCCGUCCGCUGAUCCUGUGCCUGCAGACAGCAGCAGGCCGGGGCCUCGUGGUCUUGGCCGGAGGACCUGGCUCAGAGUUAAUAGUCUCCGCUAAGCAGGUGCGAGGGACCGCCGAGACCCCGGCAUCUCCAGAGAGGCAGGCGGCGCGGAGAGCGAGGCUUCUGUCAGCGCGGCUCUGCGAGUGCGGGAACAUGAACGGCUUCACUCCCGAGGACAUGAGCCGCGGCGGGGACGCGGCCGCCGCUGUGGCCGCCGUGGCCGCCGCUGCCGCCGCCGCCGCGUCAGCCGGGAACGGGGCUGGGGCUGGCGCCGGGGCCGAGGUGCCGGGUGCAGGGGCGGUCUCGGCGGCGGGGCCGCCGGGAGCGGCAGGGCCGGGCCCCGGGCAGCUGUGCUGUCUGCGCGAGGACGGCGAGCGGUGCGGCCGGGCGGCGGGCAACGCCAGCUUCAGCAAGAGGAUCCAGAAGAGCAUCUCCCAGAAGAAGGUGAAGAUCGAGUUGGAUAAGAGCGCAAGACAUCUUUACAUUUGUGAUUAUCAUAAAAACUUAAUUCAGAGCGUGCGAAACAGAAGAAAGAGAAAAGGGAGUGAUGAUGAUGGAGGAGAUUCACCUGUCCAAGAUAUUGAUACUCCGGAGGUUGAUUUAUACCAACUACAGGUGAAUACGCUUAGGAGAUACAAAAGACACUUCAAACUCCCAACCAGACCGGGGCUUAAUAAAGCACAGCUUGUUGAGAUAGUUGGUUGCCACUUUAGGUCUAUUCCAGUGAAUGAAAAAGACACCUUAACAUAUUUCAUCUACUCAGUGAAGAAUGACAAGAACAAGUCAGAUCUCAAGGUUGAUAGUAGUGUUCACUAG